CUUCCCUCCCACCCAUUCACUCACUGCAACUCUCUCUCUCUCUCUCUCUCUCAAGAUGCAGCUUCUUCAUGCUCCAUCUUCACUACACCUCUCCUUCAAUAACUCAAGACCACAGUCAGAGAAAUCUUUUCUUUUAUCCUCCGCUUGUUGUUCUUCUCAUCCUCAAAGACACCAAAAGCCUACAUGGAUUUCAUACAAACGCUCCGUUUUGAGCUCAAUCACUCCCAAAUCUGCUUCAGCUAGUACUUCUGCCAUAUCAAGUGGAACAGCUGAGGCCGAUGUAUUGAAAGCCUUGUCACAAAUUAUUGAUCCAGAUUUUGGGACAGACAUUGUCUCAUGUGGGUUUGUGAAAGAUCUACAGAUCAAUGAAGCAUUGGGAGAGGUUUCAUUUCGGUUAGAGCUCACUACACCAGCAUGUCCAAUCAAGGACAUGUUUGAGCAGAAAGCAAAUGAGGUGGUGGCAAUGCUUCCUUGGGUAAAAAAUGUCAAUGUAACAAUGUCAGCACAACCUGCAAGGCCUGUUUUUGCAGGGCAGCUUCCAGCAGGGUUGCAAACAAUUUCAAAUAUCAUAGCAGUUUCAAGUUGCAAGGGUGGGGUUGGAAAAUCAACUGUAGCUGUAAACCUUGCAUACACUCUGGCCGGUAUGGGUGCUAGAGUUGGAAUCUUUGAUGCUGAUGUCUAUGGUCCAAGUUUACCAACAAUGGUCUCCCCUGAAAAUAGGCUGCUAGAAAUGAACCCAGAGAAGAGAAGCAUAAUUCCAACUGAGUACUUGGGAGUCAAGCUGGUAUCUUUUGGUUUUGCUGGACAAGGUCGUGCAAUAAUGCGAGGUCCAAUGGUUUCUGGUGUCAUCAAUCAACUUCUGACUACUACUGAGUGGGGAGAGCUGGACUACCUUGUUAUUGACAUGCCCCCUGGAACUGGUGAUAUUCAACUUACUUUGUGCCAGGUCGUUCCACUAACAGCUGCGGUUAUUGUUACCACCCCACAGAAGCUAGCCUUCAUUGAUGUUGCGAAAGGAGUCCGUAUGUUUUCAAAACUUAAGGUCCCCUGUGUUGCUGUUGUUGAGAAUAUGUGCCACUUUGAUGCUGAUGGCAAGCGGUAUUACCCAUUUGGCAGGGGUUCAGGCUCUCAGGUUGUCCAGCAGUUCGGAAUUCCCCAUCUGUUUGAUCUUCCCAUUAGACCAACUCUAUCUGCUUCUGGAGAUAGUGGAAUGCCUGAAGUGGUUGCUGACCCUCUAGGUGAAAUCGCGCAGACAUUUCAGAACCUUGGAGUCUGUGUUGUCCAACAGUGUGCCAAGAUUCGCCAACAAGUGUCAACAGCUGUCACCUAUGAUAAAUUUAUCAAAGCAAUCAGAGUGAAGGUACCAGAUUCAGAAGAAGAGUUCCUUCUGCAUCCUGCUACUGUAAGACGGAAUGAUCGAUCUGCCCAAAGUGUGGAUGAAUGGACUGGAGAGCAAAAACUACAGUAUGCUGAUGUUCCGGAAGAUAUUGAGCCUGAAGAAAUUCGGCCAAUGGGAAAUUAUGCUGUAUCAAUAACAUGGCCUGAUGGCUUUAGCCAGAUUGCUCCCUAUGAUCAGCUGCAGACAAUAGAGCGGUUGGUCGAUGUUCCUCAACUAACUCCUGCACAGGCAUGACAGCUUCAAGUGAAAACUGGGUACAGACUAAGUUGUGACAAAUCCUAAACAACGCGGUUAUCUGAAACGGAAGAUGUCAGAGCUCCAGCUGUUAGAGAUUCUGAAGUUAUAUAUCUUUUUUUUCCUUUUUUUUAUUUAUUUAAUUUCCUAUUGAUAUUUUGAUUUUGGGCAUUCUUGUGACACUUCAAUAGCAAAAAAUGAAAUAUAUGAGGAGCAGUUGUUUUAUAUUUCAAA